AUGAUUUUGAUGCUGUUGAUGAACUGCGCAGUAGACACUCUGGAUUUGAGUUUGAGGAACUCCAGAACCAGUUUGGGGUCAAAAAUCAGCGAGUUGUACGGGUCGUGGAUGUUGAACAGCAGUUCCUCCAUGAUAUGCGUGACUGCCGUAUCGGAAUUGUCGAUCUCAAAGUACUUUGGUUGCAAGUACCGCACAGUGAGCUUUGGAAGCUUCUCCUGGAAGAUCUCGAACGGCGUGGACAUGCCGAUGACCAGCUUGAUGGCCCAGUCGUACGCGUUGUUGUAG